CACGCCAUUCUCUGCCCCAUUUCCCCAUCAUUGGUCACCAAAACUAAGACCUAUAUACAUAUUCACACACUCCGUAUAUAUUUUGUGGUAUUGGAGAUCUUUUGUGGGAGUGAACUCUGUACUGUAAUCGGCCAUGGCGUUGCAGAGAAGUCUUCUGAGACGAAGCUUGGAAGCAGCGAAAGAGAAGUAUUUGUACAGUCUCUCGCUUCGUAGCUUUUCAUCCGCUUCUUCUUCGGCCCAGCCUUCUUCGGAUCAGCCUGAGCUGCCUCCUUUCGAUUACGAGCCGAAGCUGUACAAAGGACCGUUAGCCGAUGAAGUCUUUCAGAAGCGCAAGAAGUUUCUUGGCCCCUCUCUCUUCCACUACUAUAAGAAGCCUCUCAAUAUUGUUGAAGGGAAGAUGCAAUAUUUGUUUGAUGAGAAUGGAAAACGCUAUCUUGAUGCAUUUGCUGGGAUUGUAACUGUGUCUUGCGGUCAUUGCCAUCCUGAAAUUUUGGAUGCCAUCAUUGAGCAAAGCAAGCUCCUUCAGCAUGCUACAACCAUAUACUUACACCAUGCAAUAGCUGAUUUUGCAGAGGCAUUAGCAUCUAAGAUGCCUGGAAACCUAAAGGUUGUGUAUUUUGUAAAUUCUGGGACAGAAGCAAAUGAAUUAGCAAUGCUGAUGGCGCGUCUAUACAGUGGUAGUCUUGGUAUGAUUUCCUUGAGAAAUGCAUAUCAUGGUGGAAGUGCAGGUACAAUUGGACUGACUGCUCUUAACACGUGGAAGUAUGAGAUACCACAGGGCGAAAUUCAUCAUGUUAUAAAUCCAGACCCAUAUCGUGGAAUCUUUGGUUCUGAUGCCAGUUGUUAUGCAAAAGAUGUUCAAGAUCAUAUUGAUUUUGGUACUUCGGGAAAAGUCGCUGGUUUUAUUGCUGAAACAAUUCAGGGAGUUGGAGGAGCAGUUGAAUUAGCCCCUGGAUACUUGAAACUGGUUUAUGAUAUUGUACGCAAGGCUGGUGGUGUCUGCAUCGCUGAUGAAGUGCAAACUGGAUUUGGUCGCACAGGAAGCCAUUAUUGGGGUUUUGAAACACAAGAUGUCAUUCCUGAUAUAGUUACCAUGGCAAAGGGUAUCGGCAAUGGUUUACCAUUAGGAGCAGUGGUGACAACUCCGGAAAUAGCAAAUGUAAUGGCUCAGAAGAUUCAGUUUAACACCUUUGGUGGAAACCCAGUAUGCUCUUCUGGUGGACUUGCAGUGCUCAGAGUUCUUGAUAAGGAGAAGCGUCAAACACAUUGUGCUGAUGUUGGGUCUCACUUGAUAGGGCGUUUGAGAGAUCUCCAGCAAAGACACGAAAUCAUUGGAGAUGUGAGAGGCAGGGGCUUAAUGGUGGGGAUAGAACUCGUGACUGACAGGAAGGAGAAAACACCUGCCAAGGCAGAAACUGCAGUUUUGUUUGAGAAACUUAGAGAGCUUGGUGUUCUAGUCGGGAAAGGGGGCCUACAUGGAAAUGUUUUCAGAAUAAAGCCACCCAUGUGUUUCACCAAAGACGAUGCAGAUUUCUUGGUCGAUGCUUUAGACUUUGCAAUGUCAAAGUUAUGAGAAUCUAUCCACAAAAAGCCGGCUAUGUCAUAUCAAAGUUACGAGAAUCUUCCAACAAAGAGCCAGAAAUGAUUCUGAAGUCUUCAAGUCCUUUCACAACAACCACAGCAAAGAAGCUGAUCUUCUGAGGCAUAACUCACUAUGAAGACACUGGAGCUUGAUGCCAAAGAUGAGUAACUGCAGCUUCUUCUGCAUUACAUUUAAAUAGGCAGAAAAAUUUUCAAUUCUGAAAUAAAAAUACUGAUGUAGCACUGUGUAUGUUCAUCUUAUUGACCAAUGUGCUGCUGAGAAAAUGAACUUGGAAGUUGGAUCACAUUAAUUGGGACAAGGCAAACAAUUGAAUGUGUUACAUUUCUCAGAA